GCUGUGGCUCUUUCUUCCUACGCCAGAAAUGCCAGCAGCAAGGCCGCAGGGCAGCGCUGACGCUGCUAGUGUUUGGGAACGUGUCCGAGCUGCGGGGGACAGAGGGGCAGUGCCGCAUCGAGAGGUUCCGGGCAAAAUACCCGCUGCCUCCAGGGUGCUGCCCUGUUUCAGCAGAGGAGUGCUCAGCCAGGAGACCUCAGCAGUGGGCAUGCAGGAAAGGGCGGGCUCCUCUGAUUUUUGCAAACUUGUCUUACAGCUCUGCAGACCAGGUGACUGUGCAUUUUAUAAAUCAGGAUGGAGAGCGACUUACGGCCAAGGCCAAAGAAGGGGAGAGUUUGAUGGAGGUGGUAGUCAAUCAAAAUUUGGCCAUUGAUGGAUUUGGUGCAUGUGAAGGGACAUUAGCCUGCUCCACUUGUCACCUCAUCUUUGAGAAGGACACCUACCAAAAGCUGGAUGCCAUCUCAGAGGAAGAGCUGGACAUGCUGGACUUGGCGUACGGACUCACAGAGACAUCUCGCCUUGGCUGCCAGGUGUGUGUUAAGAAGUCGAUGGAUGGUCUGACGGUGCGGGUCCCCAUGGAUAUGACAGAUGUGAGGAAGCAACUGGAGGUUGGAAAGAAAAGCAAAAAGUAA